CCGCGCGAGAGAUUCCUCGGCGCGCGCCGCUAACGUGCGCCGCGGCUCCGCUCCCUCGUCCUCCUCCUCCUCCUCCUCGGCUCCUGCCAACAAGAACAACGGCGCACGCGAUGGUGGUGGGCCCCAUCGGCGGCGAUUAAAUGAGCGAGGACACCGCGCCGAUCCGCUCGUUAUUAUGAGCGCAUUCAAAUGCCCCAACCUCCCCCUCAUCCGCUCCUUCUCAUAUUCAUGUGCUCGUGCUCUUCCUCGUCCUCGUCCUCGUCCUCGUCCUCGUGGUGUGAGCUCCCCCCCCUCGCCCCCUCCCCUAGGGUUUCCUCGGAUCCCCCGAUCUCCUCCUCGCCCCUUCUCCUCUGAGAGUAUAGUACCAUCUGCUCAUACAUUCAUGGAGGUUGCCAAAGAAGCUCUACGACAUGCUUCGGCAAAUCAUGAACGCACUGCCAUAAUAUCUGACCAGAAAAGUUACAGUUAUGCUCAGAUUGUAGCAUCUGCUUUGGAUAUUUCCAACAUUUUAAGCAACAAAUGGAUUGAAAAUAUGCAUCAUAGCUGCGAAGCUGGAAAUUCUCCUGUUGAAGACAUCAAUGGAAAAAGCAGCCUUCAUGGGACUCGUGUGGGGAUUGUGGCUAAACCUUCUCCUGAAUUUGUUGCUGGAAUCUUAGGAACUUGGCUUUCUGGUGGAGUUGCUGUUCCAAUUGCCCUCAGCUAUCCAGAAGCAGAGAUUUUGCAUGUGAUGAAUGAUUCGGAUAUUUCCAUCAUUCUGAGCACUCAAGAGCAUCAAGAAGUUAUGGAGAACGUGGCCGCUAAAUGUUCUGCUCGACUCUCUCUUCUUCCUGCAGUCACCAGUAUGACUCCAAAGAAGGAUCCAGAUGAACUUUCAGAGACCAAACUAACCACGUCAACUUCUGCUCUGGUGGCAAAACUUGAUGAGUCAAGAAAAGAUGCAGGUGAUGACCCUGCCCUAAUUCUUUACACAAGUGGUACAACUGGUAAACCGAAAGGUGUAGUCCACACUCACAGGAGUAUUAUUUCUCAGGUCCAAAUUCUGACGGAGGCAUGGGAAUAUACAAUUGCUGAUCAGUUCCUGCAUUGUUUACCUUUACACCACGUCCAUGGUCUUUUCAAUGCUUUACUCGCUCCUCUUUAUGCUGGAUCAGUGGUUGAGUUCAUGCCAAAAUUUAGUGUACGUGGUGUAUGGCAGCGGUGGCGUGAAUCGUACCCGAAAGAUGGUAGCAAAGCUGAUGACGCUAUUACCUUGUUUACUGGAGUUCCAACAAUGUAUACUAGGCUUCUUCAAGGAUAUGAAGCUAUGGACCCUGAUCUGCAAGCAGCUUCUGCAUCUGCUGCCAAUCAUUUGCGUCUCAUGAUGUGUGGUUCAUCGGCACUUCCAUACCCAAUUAUGAAACAAUGGGAAGAGAUAACAGGGCAUCGCCUUUUAGAACGCUAUGGAAUGACAGAGUUUGUCAUGGCGCUGUCUAAUCCAUUGCAUGGUAUCCGAAAAGGAGGCACAGUUGGCAAACCUCUUCCUCGUGUUGAGGUCAAGAUAAUUACAGAGGACGGCAGUGAAACUACAACUGGAGUGGGAGAACUUUGUGUGAGAAGUCCAUCUCUGUUUAAAGAAUAUUGGAAACAACCAGAGAUAACAAAGGCGUCAUUUAUUGACGGUGGUUUCUUCAAGACUGGUGAUACAGUUACAGUGGAUGAGGACAGCUACUACAUAAUAUUAGGACGUACUAAUGCUGAUAUCAUGAAAGUCGGUGGAUAUAAACUUUCUGCAUUGGAAAUUGAGGCAGUAAUUCUAGAGCACGAGGCCGUGUCAGAGUGCUGCGUAUUGGGCUUACCCGACAAGGACUACGGUGAAGUUGUCUGCGCAAUAAUUGUGCCUCAGGAAGAAGCAAAGAAAAAAGCUGAACAAGAGCUUAAACCGGCCCUUAGCUUGGAGGAAUUAAGGAGCUGGUCCACGGAGAGACUAGCGCCAUACAAGAUACCAACGCGAUUGUUUCUGUGGGACUCGCUUCCUCGAAAUGCCAUGGGAAAGGUGAACAAGAAAGAGCUGAAGAAAUUAUUGGCAGGGGAAUCAUAAAUGCAGCUAUUAAAAAGAUGUAGCUUACAACUGGUCAAUCCUCCCACCCAGUUGGCCUCAAACUGGGUUAGUCGCGCUCGAAUAAAGCCCUCCCACUUUCUCUCUUUUUUUCCUCUAGCAUCAUCUCAUCUACCAGAUAACUAAUUAUUGAUAUUGUAGCAAAGUUAGUGUAGAAAUACCUAUGCACGUACUAAGCUAUUGAACCUAGCUAUUUAUGUUGUAUCUUUUCCUUAUCUCUCGUAUACCAAGUUCUGGUUGGAACAUCAUUUUAUGUCUAAA